AAAAUACGGUGACAUUUUUAAAUGAUUGUAAAUAGUACGUCAAAAUCAAACAAAAUUAAUUGUUUCAUAAAUUCGUAUAAUUGCCUUAGCUCUUUUAUUAUAUUUUAUAGAAGUGUUAAUUCGUAAUAAGUAAUGGAAUUACAUGUCCAAUAAGUAAUUGUAUUGAAGUAUUGUAUUGAAAUCGUCUCUUUACGUUGAAAUAAUGACAGAUGAAAGGAAUUUUCGAUCGUCGUAUUACGAAAAAGUCGGCUGCCGGGGUGUAGAAGAAAAGAAAUCCUUAGAAAUACUUAUGAAAGACAAGCCCUGGGACAGGGUCAAGUUAAAACAGUUCUGUUUACGAUUCACAGUGCAUGCUCCUUAUAGAAAUGUAGUAUGGAAAGUGUUACUAGAUAUUCUUCCAGUGUAUCCAGACUCUCAUCAAUUUGUAUCUACACAGAGAACAGAACAAUACAACCAUAUAUUGUAUGCAGUGAAUUUACUCGAACUGGUUGAAAGUAACACCCCCCAGAGUGAGGUCAUGCUUGCGAUGUGGCUUCUGGAAAAUGAGGAGCAGAAGCCACCUAAAUUCCCUGAAACUAAUUGGAGUUUAGCCGAUACAUUUCUACCAAUAACGAACACGUUACUCCAACUUUAUGAUGACGAAGUCGACGUCUACUGGAUCAGCAAAAUGCUGACGGAAAUAGUAAGGAACAUGCAGAAGGAUUUGCCAAAAUUAAAGGAAGCGUUCCAGAGCAUGCUGGAAAAAGAGGACGCGGCACUUUAUAAUCAUAUAAUUGAAAAAAAGGCGUUAGAUGUCUUGCCGUUAACUAAAUGGUUCAAUUGCUGCUUCGCCGGUGUGUUGGACGAUACUUCACUCACCAAAAUAUGGGAUAAAGUCUGCAGCGGAGCGCCCAAGAUCCUCUCGUUUGUAGCUGUGACCCUUGUUAUAACUUUACGUAGGAAUAUACUUAAAGCUAAGACCAGUGACGAGAUACUGCAGUGUGUGUCAGAGAUACCAGAAAAUUGUGAAGACGUGGUAGCAAACAAGGCAAUAGAAUUGUGGCAGUAUUACGCUCAGCCACAGAACGACCAGCUGGUAAAGAAAUGAUGUAUGACCUUCUAAUGAGUUCUAACUCAUUAGAAAUGGACAAAACAUUUAUAUGUCAUUAUUACAUGACACAAGUGAGAGACAUUAAAGUAAAUCACAUACACUUACACACCAUUUACAAGCUAUGUACAGAACAUUGGUCAAACAGUAGCAGCAGUUCAGACACGAGAUGGUUCACAGCUGAACUCGAACUACUGCAGCUGUUUGAUUGUUUUAUAUUGGUUAGAAAUAGUAAUUAGAAUAGUUUUUGACGCUUGAGUCCGGGUGUGAUAUGUGUAUUUAUUUAUGUAUUAUUUCUAUGUAUAUUUAUCACAAAAAAAAAUCUAAUAUAUAAAAUUCUC